AAAAAUAUACAAAAUAGUAGCAAAUAUCUGUGAAUAAAUUGAAUCGUUCAAAAGUUGAUAUUAUUAUAUUGGUAUCCUUGAUUAAAGUCACUUUAGAUAUUAAAAAGUUGUAUAUUUAAUUGAUUAAAAAUCUUUGCACAUUGUACCUCUGGCCAACAUGGCGGCUUCAUUGGGUCGAGUUUGUAAAUUCGGUCUUUUGAAAUCGAAUUAUGGAACUUUAUUCAAUCAGCAGGUACAUAAUUUUUCAACUACAAACCAAUGGUCUAAAGGUAGAAAAGUGUUAUUAGCAUGUUUAGGAGUAACAGCUGGAGGUAUUAGUGCAUUAAUUUAUGCUUUGGAUCAAUCUGUGAAAGCUUCUGAUCAAGUAGCACAUCCACCAAACUAUAAAUGGGGUUUCUAUGGAAUAUUUAGUUCAUUGGAUCAUAGGAGUCUUCGACGAGGUUGGGAAGUAUACAAAAAUGUAUGUUCAGCUUGUCAUAGUUUGGACUUUUUAGCUUUUCGUCAUCUUGUGGGUGUUACACAUACUGAAGAAGAAGUAAAAGCUAUUGCAGCAGAAUAUCAGGUUCAAGAUGGUCCUGAUGAUACAGGAGCUUAUUAUAUGCGUCCUGGUAAAUUAUUUGAUACUAUACCAGCUCCAUAUCCAAAUGAAGAAGCUGCUAGAGCAGCAAAUAAUGGUGCCUAUCCACCAGAUUUAACAUACAUUAUUAAUGCAAGUGAAAAUGGAGAGAAUUAUGUAUUUUCAUUAUUAACUGGAUACUGUGAUCCACCAGCUGGUAUUACUUUAAGGGAAGGUCAAUAUUUUAAUCCUUACUUCGUUAAUGGAGCUCUUGGUAUGCCACAAAUUAUCUAUAAUGAAGUCAUAGAGUAUGCAGAUGGCACACCUGCAACUGCUUCUCAAGUAGCAAAAGAUGUAGUUGAAUUUCUUAUGUGGGCAUCGAAUGCUGAAUUUGAUGAAAGAAAGAAAAUGACUAUCAAGGUAAUAGGUUUUGGUCUGAUAUCGUUACCGCUAAUCAUAUAUUGGAAGAGAGUAAAAUGGACAACUGUGAAAAAUACUAAAUUACUUUUCACUCCGAAAUAUAAACGACAGUAAUACCUUAUACAUAAAGCUACAUUAGCUUAAUAAAAAUGAUCCGACGAUGUUAGAUUCCAAUAUUGGAAUGUAGUUUUAUACUUUGUUUGAAUGUUGCAAGAACAUAAUUGCACGCAUUUGAUAGACGUUUAUUUAAUACGUCGAUCAUCUUGUACAUAUUACUACAAUUAAUGUCAUCGUCAGAUUUAAAUAAAUUGUUAAACUUA